CUCGCCCUCUUCCCCCACCCAAAAAAAUAACCCGCUUUGUCCCUCAAUGUCCUCUUUUUUUUUGCUUUUUUCCAGCCAAGUUCAGGCCUGUGCUGGCCUCUCCCUCCACGGGCCUCCAAUUGGAGGCUGUUUUGCCGAGCGGGAAACUGAGGCCGGCUUGAGGAAGGAGCCAGCCCGCCCUGAUGUCGGCCUUCAAGGCUCUGUUUCUGCUCUGGGCCUCCGUGGAGGCCGCCGGAGACUGCCCCGCGCAGUGCAGGUGCCGGGGCCUCCAGACGAUGGGGUUGCUGGUGGACUGCAGGGGACAGGGGCUGGCGGCCCUGCCCGCCUGUUCGCGCCACACAGACCACCUGCUGCGGACUGGCCCAACAAUCAGCUCCGCUUCUGUGCCUCCCGGGGCCUUCGACCUCCUGACCCGGCUGCGGAGGCUGGACCUCUCCGGAAACCCUUGGCAUUGUGACUGCAGCCUCGCCUACCUGCGCCUCUGGCUGGAGGACAGGGACCCCGAGGCCCUGGCGCAGGUCCGCUGCGCCACCCCGGAGGCCGGCCAGCCCCUCAUCUCCGUCUUGGGGUCCAGCGUCACCGGCUCCCAGGACGGGGGCUGCGGGUGGAGGCUGGGGACCUCGUGGGACUCCGCGGGGCUCUGGCGGGACGUGGCGCUGGUGGCCGUGGCGACCGUGGCCCUGGCACUGCUGGCUGGAGUGCUCCGGGCCUCCGCGGAGGCCCUGGGCCUCUGAGCCUCCAAAUCCCGCCCAGCCUCAAGCC